GGGGGGUCACUGAUGUGGGAGGUUGUGGGGUGGACCGAGAGGUCAGCGAAUGAGGGUUUGUGGGCUCAAUGGUAGACAAAGUUAUGGGGCUAUUCGGGGUUGAAUGGGGCAUAUUAAACGUUGACUUUUACACAUUUUCCAGCACAGUGACCUGCGCUAAGGGUUCAUACGCACCCCUCAAGCUCCUCCUUAGGCGCCCCCGCCUCUCCCUCUGUUCCUCUCCCCUUGCCCGAGCCCCGAGGUAGGGGCCUUGUGUGAAUGCUCCAGCUGAAGUGAAUCUGCACCCGAAGGCUUCCUUCUGGCUCCUGGGCAAGACGUCCCCAGUGAGCUCAGGCUUCACACAUCUCUGUCUUUUCCCAAGAAGAGCAGGAAAUGGCCAAACCCCAGGGACUCAUGACAUUUGAGGAUGUGGCUGUGGAUUUCACCCAGGAGGAGUGGCAGUACCUGAACCCUCCACAGAGGAACCUGUACAGAGAUGUGAUGCUGGAGACCUACAGCAACCUGGUCUCUGUGGCAGGGCAGCAGGUUACCAAACCAGAUCUCAUCCUCAAAUUGGAGGUAGAAGAGCCAUGCCUGCCAGAAGGAAAAAUCCCAAUUUGGAGCUUUCCAGAAGAAGCCUGCCAGGUUGAUGAACAGUUUGAGAUACAGCAUCAGGAUGACCAAGAUAAAUAUCUGAUGCAAGUUGGAUUCCCUGACAGGAAAACAAUUACCACCAAGAGUGGCCUUGACUAUAAUGAAUUUGGAAACAUACUUCAUCUGAGUACAAACCUUGUUGCUUCAAUACAAAGGCCGCAUAAAUAUGAGUCAUUUGGAUAUAAUAUGGUAGAUAAUUUAGACUUAUUUAGUAGAAGCUCUGCAGGAAAGAAACAUGAUAAUGAAUGUGCAAAAUUAUUCUUCCAUACUGAGUAUGAGAAAACAACUCCUGGAGUAAAACCCUAUGGAUAUAAAGAGUGUGGGAAGACCCUCAGGCAAAAGAAAGGUCUUAGUCUACAUCAGAGAAUUAAAAAUGGAGAGAAACCCUUUGAAUGUACUGCAUGUAGGAAAACCUUCAGCAAGAAGUCACACCUCAUUGUACAUUGGAGAACUCAUACAGGAGAGAAACCUUUUGGAUGUACCGAAUGUGGAAAAGCCUUUAGCCAAAAAUCUCAGCUCAUUAUACACCUGAGAACUCAUACAGGAGAGCGACCCUUUGAGUGUCCAGAAUGUGGAAAAGCCUUCAGAGAAAAGUCAACUGUCAUUAUACAUUACAGGACUCAUACGGGAGAGAAACCUUAUGAAUGUAACGAAUGUGGAAAAGCCUUCACUCAGAAGUCAAACCUCAUUGUCCAUCAGAAAACCCACACAGGAGAAAAAACUUAUGAAUGCACCAAAUGUGGGGAAUCUUUCGUACAGAAGCUGGAUCUAAUUAUACAUCAUAGUACUCAUACAGGAAAGAAACCCCAUGAAUGUAAUGAGUGUAAGAAAACUUUCAGUGAUAAGUCAACUCUCAUUAUACAUCAAAGAACUCAUACGGGAGAGAAACCUCAUAAAUGUACGGAAUGUGGGAAGUCUUUCAAUGAGAAGUCAACCCUCAUUGUGCAUCAGCGAACUCAUACAGGAGAGAAACCCUAUGAAUGUGAUGUAUGUGGGAAAACCUUCACCCAAAAGUCAAACCUUGGUGUACAUCAAAGAACUCAUUCAGGAGAGAAACCCUUUGAAUGUAAUGAAUGUGAGAAAGCAUUCUCUCAGAAAUCCUAUCUCAUGCUACACCAGAGAGGUCAUACAGGAGAGAAGCCCUAUGAAUGCAAUGAAUGUGAAAAAGCAUUUUCCCAGAAAUCAUAUCUCAUUAUACAUCAAAGAACGCAUACAGAGGAAAAACCCUAUAAAUGUAAUGAAUGUGGCAAAGCCUUCAGAGAAAAGUCGAAGCUCAUUAUACAUCAGAGAAUCCAUACAGGAGAGAAGCCCUAUGAAUGUCCUGUAUGUUGGAAAGCUUUCAGCCAGAAGUCACAGCUCAUAAUACAUCAGCGAACACACACAGGAGAGAAACCCUAUGCGUGCACUGAGUGUGGCAAAGCCUUCAGAGAAAAAUCAACAUUCACUGUACAUCAGAGAACUCAUACUGGAGAGAAACCCUAUAAGUGUACAGAAUGUGGGAAAGCCUUUACUCAAAAGUCAAAUCUUAUUGUACAUCAGAGAACACAUACAGGAAAGAAAGCCCAUGGGAAAGGCCAUACCCGGAAGUCUAAGCUCAUUGCACAUUAGAGAGUCAACAAUGCAGUUAUCUUCACUGAAGGAAAGUUUUGUCAGUUUAAGUAAACAUUUUAAAAGUAUGUUCUGACUUCUGGUUUAAAUAUGGGGAGUAAAGUCAGCCUUCUUUUCUUUCCAUCUCAGUCUUCACCCAAAAGCUACUAGGAGAAAAAGAAGUGGAUGUGUAAUCUCUGUAUCUGACAAAAUUAGGAGAUCACUGAAACCCUGAUGAGAGGGCUGCCAGAGGCAGAGGAAAUCAAGCACCAGUGCAAGGAGAUUUCACAGGCUAGAGAGGAGUGAUCAAGGUUGCAGAUGUGAGAUAGCACUGGUAAGGACUCUUAGCCAAGUUUUAGGCUGAGUGCAAGACCAAGUAGAUACAUAACAAUGGUAACAGAGAGCAUGGGCAGAUGGGACAUUUCCUAGACUCAUUUGGAGUCUCAGGAGAGAAAGGCAGGGGCCUCAACAAGGAAUUGCUCAGACAAGCCAUAUUUGCAGAAAGUAGUCUAUACUCAUGAGAGGAGCAGUUGGCAGGGGCUGGGGAAAGAGAAGGGAGUGUUCUUGUGAAGAACCCAACAGCUACCCCUAUUUACUGACUCUGGAAAGUCAAGUCUGAAAAACCUACCAAAUGCAAAAGUAAUUCCAGUUAGAAAAACUCUGAUCUGCCUAGAAUGUGGCCCCAUUUCUUCCCUUACAUGAACUUCCAGCAAACAAGUCCAGGAAAAACUCUUAUUCAAUGAGGAAUGAUUCCAAGGCAAUCAAAACCAUAAAUGUACAUGGCUUUUGAGCCAGCAAUUCCACUUCUAGGAAUGUAUAUACUCAUGCAUGUACAAAAUGAUGAACACACAGAGGUAUUCAGUGAUGCAGUUUGUGAAAACAAAAGAUUGGAAGCUUUCCACGUGGCUCCUGAAAUCCUGGAAUGUUCGCACAGCAACCUUUUAGGUAGACACACAAAAAAAAUGGAUAAAGAGAACUUGGACACCAUUUGUGUAGUGAUGUGGGAUGACCUCCAAUAUACAUUAUUAGAAAAGCAAGGUGCAGGAUACUGAGGAUAAUAUGCUACCAUUUGUAAGUAAAAGGGAGAACAAAUGGUGAAUACAUAAUUGAGUGUAUAUGCAUAAACUAUCUCUGGAAAGAUACAUGAGAAGCUGGGA